UCAUUCAUUCGUUAUUCAUUCUAUUUGUCAAAAAUGCUGUACGAAGGAGCUCGCAUCGCCAUGCAAUGAAAUUAUUUUAAAUAUAGUUUUUCGUGAUAUUUAUUCGGCGUUUUUGUGAUUAACUUGAAUGGGAAGAGUGAUGCUUGCGUAUAGUACGAAAUAUUUUUGCAAAAGAAUUCCUUUGGUUGCGUUUUUCGGCUUGAUUAUUUGACACUUGUUUCCACGUGGUUCACGUCACAAUCGGUCGACGUGUUAAUUUUCUACAUAUUCUUUAAAGUUCUUGACUUGAUUUAAACGAAGAAAUGGAGUCAUUGAACAUCUCCAAACUCAACUUAUGCAGCGGCAGGAGCCGGAGCUCCCAAGACAACGGUGUGAAGUUUGAAAGGACUGAAGAAAAAUUCGAAACAAAUUCACUCACAGAUCAAGAUGAAGAGUACCACUGUGAAUAUAAAGAAGAAAUAUGGAAGAACCUUUUGGAACAAGAAGCUGAGAAACCAACUAUUCACCUGCAGUCACCACAGCUGGAGUUCCGAGGCGCGUUAGUGCAGCAACUGCGUGAUGUCACGAAGAAGUUGGGGCUGAGCAUCGCGACGCUACACUCGGCGGUUGCUCAGCUCGACCUGUUCAUGGACGCUCACAGACUGAGGGCUGACCGACUCACACAUGUCGCUUUAGCCUGCUUGAGCUUAGCAGCAAAAAGCGAAGAGAAAUUCAGUCGGGCGCCCACACUGAAGACUUUAUCCAAGAUUAGCGGGGUCCAGCUAUGUGGGAAGACGUUUAGACAGUUAGAGUGGAUGGUGGGCCAGCACGUUCGCUGGCGACUGUUAGCUCCGACGCCCGUGACGUACGCCGCCCUCCUUGCUCAGUACGUGGUGACAGAUAGCGACCUCACCACCAGACAUCCUAAGUUCGUCAGGCGCUUUAAGAGAGACGGAGCCAAACUCCUUGAAGCUUACUUGGAUUUGACGCUGUCUGACGUGCGCCUGAAGGUGGUGGAGUGCGUGGACGUGGGGUGCGCGUGCGUGGCGUGCGCGCGCGCGGAGCUGGGGCUGGCCGCGUGGCCCGCCUGGCUCGCCGCCCGCGCCCAGCGCCAGCCCGCCGCCGUGGCGCCGCUCGCCAGGCUGCUGCAGAGGAUGAUGCAAAUUCUGAAGUCCCGCGAAACAUCCGUGGAAUCCGAAGUAGAUCAGGGCUACAGCAGCGCCCGGACGUCCCCGAAUCAAACACCGUGUACCUCGCCAAGCUUCCACGUGUCCCCGGCAUCCAGCACUUGCAGCACUUCGUCCCGCAGCCACUUGAACGUCGACACAUCUUACCGCCAACGGCCCGUUGAACGUCGACCGGACGCUACCUACUCCGUCUUAGACUUAGAAGAUUCUAAUGUGCCUCAGAACGUAAACGUUGAUUACUACACACUGCCAACUGCUGUCGAUAUGACCCUGCAACGGGUGAACUCGGCUGCAGACUACAGGUACUGUAGGUCCCGUAGACUGGUCGAUGCUAGUUUAGAAGUACAACCGUCUACCAGUAUGGCUGUGAAGCGUGGCAUAGACGCCAAUGUCGACAUCGAGAGGAAGAGGUACAGACUCGCCUCACAGAUGUCCCAGGUAGUUCUAUGAUCAUGUCUAGUCUUAACGUAAGUCUGUAUUCAUGUUCGGUACAUUUUUCGUUCUACGACGGUUUCAUGACAUCCGCAAAAUUUGUGUUCUUUUUUUUUCUAAUGUUUCCUUUUUGUUCUCAACUGUUUUUUAAGUCUUAUUACAAAAAUGUACUGAUGCGGUUCUGGUGGCCGUGUUAAAUGAAUCCAGGCUAUUGAUGAUAAAUACUUUUGAUUUGAGCUUUUAAAUUUUAUUGAUGUACGUUUCUAUACCUUAAACUCAUAUUUAUUAUUUGAAUCGAAAGUAUUUAUGGUCAGUAUACAAAUAGGUUAGUAGGAUGCAUAUUCCAGAAUGUUGUUUAAAAACGUAGCUGAUUUUUACGAGUAUGCUUUACUGCGUUGCAAGUGGAAAUAAUGUUGUAUGUACCGAGCCUGUACUGUUUUUAUUUGACUGGUUUUUUAACCUUUCCUAAUACUCAAAUAUUUUAUUUCUUAUCAAAUUCGAAUGCUCAUGACACUAUAAUAUUAUAUCCAUUUGUAAUAAAAAUGUAUUAUCAUAUAGCAAUAAUGAUUGAGAAGUUUAGAAAUAUUGCUACAUUUUAGAGAUGAGGU